UCCGGUAAACCCAGGAUGGCGUGGAUAAGCGUAACACGGAAUAUAUUUUUGGUUUUGUUUUGUUUAUUAUUAGAAAACGAAAAGGUUUUGGCCGAUGGCGUACUCGGAUGUGGAGGAUUCGUCAAAUCUGACGUUGAUAUUAAUUUUUCUUUAGUUGAGGUGAAGCUGUACACCCCUCAUGGCAGUAUGAAGUAUCAGACAGACUGCGCCCCCAACACAGGAUACUACCUCAUCCCACUCUAUGACAAAGGUGACUUCGUGCUCAAGGUGGAGCCACCUAAGGGAUGGAGUUUCGAACCUGAGAGUGUGGAGCUGCAAGUUGACGGAGCCACAGACAAAUGCAGUCUGGGCGAGGACAUUAACUUUAAGUUCACAGGCUUCUCUGUAACUGGAAAGGUGAUCAGCAAAGGUGAGACUGAAGGCCCAUCAGGGGUCAAGGUCACAGUAACACAGGCUGGGAAAGAUGAGGCGCUACAAACUGUUGCCACCACAACAGGCGGAAGCUUCAGCUUCUCAAACAUCCUGCCUGGCGACUACAUUAUAAAGGCGACUCACCCGACAUGGCUCCUCCAGAAGGGUGAGACGAAGGUGACUGUUGCCAACGACAACGCCAAUACAGGAAGCAGCCUGGUGAUAGCUGGGUAUGAUGUCACUGGCUCCGUAUCCAGUGAAGGGGAUCCCAUCAAAGGGGUUAACUUCCUACUCUUCUCCGAUAAAGUUAAAAAACAGGACAUAUCAGGCUGUGAGACCAAGCCGGUCAAGGGCUUCACAUCAGCGAUGGGGACGCCGCUGUGUCACGUGAUAUCAGAGGCAAAUGGCGUCUUCAGCUUCCCGUCCCUGCCUACUGGCAAAUACACCAUUGUGCCCUUCUAUAAAGGCGAGCACAUCACAUUUGACGUUGUGCCAUCCAAACUGGAGUUUGUCGUCAACCAUCAGUCCGUCAAACUUGAGAAGGGAUUCCAAGUGGCAGGCUUCUCAGUGUCUGGACGAGUGCUGGAUGCACCAAAGGGUGUGGGUAUUGGAAAGGCCCAGGUGACCUUGGACGGCAAAGUGCAGACGACGACCGCCUCUGAUGGCUUGUAUCACCUGGACAACAUGAAGACCGGCACGUACACUAUCAAUGUGGAGUCUGACCAUAUCUUCUUUGACGAGCUGAGUGUGAAGAUCACUCCCAAUACUCCACAACUGCCGGACAUCGUGGCCUCGGGGUUCAGCAUGUGUGGUGAGGUGGUCAUCGAUCGUGUCCCCGAGGGGCUCAACCAGGUCCCUGUGCAGAGAAAGGUCAUCUAUUACCCUGAAGGUCGGGGGUCAGACGCUGUGUCCAUCACCACAGACGCUAGCGGGAAGUUCUGUGCCCGAGUCAAGUCGGGCAAAUACGUUGUCAAAAUUCAUCUGAGUGAGCAGGAAGUGAAGGCAGGUCUGACCCUGGCGCCAGCAGAACGCACAGUCAUCAUCAAGAGCAAGCCUGUGUUGGAUGUCCGCUUCUCUCAGUUCCGAGCCAAGGUGCAUGGAGCUGUCACAUGUAUGGAGAAGUGUGGUCACAUUGACAUGUCCCUUGACUCACUCACUCGGUCGGACUCCAAGCAGGUGGUACAGGUUCAAGAAUCUGCUAAAGGAAACACAUUCUCUUUUGAAAAUGUUUUACCUGGAAAAUACAAAGUAACAAUGCUCCAGGACAGUUGGUGCUGGAAGGACAAGACACUGGAGAUCGAGGUGGUGGACCAGGAUCUGACUGGAGUGGACUUCGUCCAGACCGGAUACAUCCUCAAGUGCAGCAUCUCACAUGAAAUAACACUGAAUUUUGCUCAUGAGAAGAAGUCUGGGAGUGUUGGAUCCUUCCAGUUGAACAAGGGCACCAACCGGUUCUGUCUGGCUCAACCUGGUGUGUACCGGCUCACUCCAGAUUCCUGUCACAAGUUUGAGAAAGAUGUCUACACAUAUGACACGUGGAACCCGCUGAUGGUGACAUUGAUGGCUGUGCAGCAUCUCACCUUCGGCUCAAUCACCACAAAAGAUAAAGUGGACGACAUCAAAGUUGUCAUCACGUCGUCUGUGUCGGAUACCCCCACCGUCCUUGGUCCUCUCAAGCCAGAAGCUACCAAGGACAACAAGCAGCCAGCUAAAGGACCGUUUGUGUACAAGUUCUCCCACUGGGCCAAGACUGGAGAAAAGCUGAUGUACACAGUGAAAUCUGCUGAGCUGCUGUUCUACCCUCCUGCUGUCGACACAACCAUCAUUGGAGACUCCUGCCCAGGUGAGGUAGCCGUGUUCGAGGGCAAGAGGGGCGUCUUUAUCAUUGGCCAGGUGAAGCCUGCACUGGAGGGAGUGAAGAUCACCGUCACCGCCCAGGACGGCUCCAUUGACGCCAUCACCCUCCACACCGAGGCGUCCGGGAAAUUCAAAGUCGGCCCCCUGCACAGCAACGUGUUGUAUGAUGUGUCUGCUGAGAAGAACGGUUACCUGCUCACCAAGGAGAAGGAUCAGCAGGCCGUCUUCAGGGCGUUCAAACUCGGAGAGGUGCAGGUCACAGUUGUGGACGAAGCCAAACAAGCGCUGUCAACAGUGCUGUUGUCACUUAGUGGCGGCAACCAGUACCGCAGCAACAACGUCACCGGAGACAAUGGAACCAUCGCCUUCACUGCUCUUAGCCCUGGCCAGUACUUCCUGCGCCCGAUGAUGAAGGAGUACAAGUUUGACCCCUCAUCUCAGAUGAUUGAUGUUCAGGAGGGAACAACACGCAAGAUUACCAUCACCGGCGCCAGAGUGGCGUACAGUUGUUAUGGCCGUGUGACGUCCCUGAACGGAGAACCGGAGCCUGGUGUGGUGGUGGAGGCGGUGGGGCAAGACAAGUGUUCCAUUUACCAGGAGGAGAGUAAGACAGAGCAGGACGGAUCCUACCGCAUCAGGGGUCUGGAGCCGAAGUGUGAGUACCUCCUGAGACUGAAGGGUGGUGAGGUGAACACGCACAUAGAGAGGACAGCCCCCACGUCAAGGAUACUCAAGGUUGACAGUAAAGACUUCCAGGACGUGAACGUGAUUGCCUUCCGUCACCUCAACCAGCUAGACAUCAGUGGGAAUAUCAUCGUCCCCCAGGAGCAUCUGGCCUCCCUCAAGGUGCUGCUUUACCGUGAGGACUCCCCCGACAGCCCCAUCCACACCAUCAACAUGGCCGUCACAACCUUCUUCUACAUGCCGUCCCUCCCCAUAGACAACAAGGUGUAUACAAUCCGUGUAGAGAGCACCCUCCAUAAAGGCAUGUACGACUACUCACUACCGGAGGUGCUGUUCACCGCCAACACCACGUACCAUCACUUCACACUUGUCUUCCAGCCCAGGCGCAAGUCUUUGGAGCAGGAGUUGAGCAGCGGUUCCUUCCUCCUCCUCCCCCUCCUCCUCAGCGCCGUCUACCUCGCCUACAACUACCAGAAGGUCCUGCCUUUUAUGAGUCAGGGCAUUGAUCAGGUCCAGAACAUGAUGAAACCACCCCAGUAUGACGUCAUGGCAACCACGCCGGAACCAAUGCAGGACAUCAGCGCCUCGGCUGCUGCCGCCAAGAAGAAAGCCAAGCCUCGCAAGACAUGAUUGUCAUGAUUUAUAGGAAUUGGAUCAUUUGUGUAAAUCAUGGCCAAGGAUCCUGAUCCACAAAGUGUUCGUAGCGUUACGACCUAUCAUGUACUUUCGGAUGGCAUAAUGCUACGGACGCUUUGUGGAUAUCUUCCAAGACUCGCUCUAUGAAUCUUCUCAUUGGUUUGUUGAUG